AUGAGCCGCCAGAUCGAGAAGGUAAAGAAGUACAGUAACGGCUCUCUACCUGUCUCGGUGCAACCCUGCGCGGUCAGCGAGAAAUCUCUCGAGCUCAUCAAGCUAGCAGCAUGGAACGCAAAGGCCGUUUACGCUGCCGACACGACGCACAUGGAUCGCAUUGCACAGUUGGCCGACUUCUCGGGCUACAAACUGACGCCGCACAGCGAGAGCAUCGAUGCCUCUCUCCGCGAUGGUACGGUCAAGGCGACGAGCUUGCGGCUGCUCUCGCCGGAGAAGGAUUCAUUGCCUAUGUUACUUGUCGUUGCGAUCCGGGGCUCAACGUCGAAAAGACGAGAUUGGACUAUCAAUUUUGAUGAUAUUGGACAGGGAACAGAUGGAGCGGGAUUUCUUGACUCAAACGAUUGUACGUACCAAGUCCACGGUGGCUAUCUCGAGUGUGCAAAGGGAAUGGUCGAGAAAGUCUCGGAAGCCAUAUCCUGUAUACUCUCGAAUUCGGAAGCCGAUCAUAGUGUAGAUCGCGACAUCCAGCUUCUCUUUACGGGCCAUUCAGCAGGCGGAGCCGUUGCUUCGUUGCUGUAUGCUCAUAUGAUCUCGAGCUAUACUUCAACGCUAGCUAAUCUACAUCCGAGAUUUACCUCAAUCGACUGCAUUGUCUUUGGAUCCCCACCAGUGUCCAAGCCAGGUCUGACGUCCUACAGUCAGACCUCGACCUUCCUCUCCAUUAUCAACGAAGGCGACCCUGUCCCGCGUAUGGACAAGGGCUUCAUCGAGUCUCUCCUCACCAUCUAUAUAUCCCCCAUGCCAGCUGCGUCGGUGGCCUGGGCUCUGCCCCCGAUGCUACUGGAUAAUGCGGGCACCAUCAUGGUUCUGAAAGACGGGGAGCAGGGGCUGUGUACGGUGCCGGAUGACAUUGACCAGAAGGGGAUAAGGGCUGUCUUGGAGACGACCGUGUUCGGGAAUCCAAGGGCGCAUAAGAUGGAUAUGUACCUGUGGAAGUUGGGGCUCGUUAAGACUCUUUUCUAG